AUGGAAAGUUUAGAAGACGUGGCGGCCAGGGAAGAGGCCGAAAGACAGCAAAGUUUGAGGGAUUUGGAACAAUUGUACGAGUGGCUGCAACAGUUCGAGGAUCCACCACCUGCGCCCAGGCCUCCGCCACCUUAUCAAUUUAGAAACGGAGACAUCACCCAAAAAGGAUACGAAAAGAAAAGGACGAGAUUGCUGACCCCUUAUGUGCCUAAACAAAACUCCACUAGCAACGAACCGGAAAGCGGUAGCUGUGGCGGUAGCGGUGGCGGUAGAGCUAGCGAUAGAAGCGGCGGCGAUAGAGCGCCUCAGCAACAAACCAGACGUCGAACUCAGCGACGCGUCACGCACAAUGAAAAGCGUUACCAUUCAGAAGUUCGACAAGAGGCCGUCCAACAAGCAUUGGCGCAAGCAUUGCAAAACAGGCACAAACCUUCGAUGCCGAUGCCGUCGAAACGGACGUCGGUUAUGGCCAGGAGUCCAGACAGGGAACGACACGAUUCAGAAUCAUCUUCGGACGAAGACAGUUUAGCAAAUGAGGAGGCGGCAACGACGGUCGAAAGUACGCCGGAACGGGAAAAAGCGAUAAUGAGGGGCGGCAGCGGCGGCGACCGCGGCCACCACGGUUUCCCGCCCCCGCCGCCGAGCGACACUUCGAGCGCCGGGUCUCCGCCGCCCCUGCAGCGACGCCCGAGGGCGCCACCGCCCUUGUGGAACGACCAGCGCGGCCGUAGCCAGCAGGAGAUCACCGACAUCAGCGACGUCUUGCAGAAUUUCAGACCUUAUUCUCAACCUCCAGAUGUAACAAACAACACAACAGCCCAAGGGACCCGUCGCAACGCAGACAGAGUCAACAGAUUCACAUCUUCAGCCUCGGAAGACGGCACAAUGGGCACUGGAACGGGAAGAUGGAAGGUGUCGGCAAAAAUCCAGCAACUGCUCAACACUUUGAAACGGCCCAAGCGCCGGCCGCUGCCCGAAUUUUACGAAGACGACGAUAUCGAAUUGGAAUUGGCAGCGAAUCCUAAAGAUCCUAAUGCACCUAAACCGGAAGGAAGUUGUAUGACUCAAGCAGUUGGUGAACAAUUGACGAUACCCUCGGGAUUGCCUAGAAAUCUAGAAGCUGCCAUCCUACGAUACGGCAACGCUAGUUUUAAGGCGCCCGUGGCUACAGUUUUAGAUCCUAAUGGAAAAUUGUCGACGACUCUAACUUACGGUAAACUACUUUCAAGAUCUCAUAAAAUAGCUUACGCCCUCCUAACAAAGUCCUUCAGUAAAAACGGCGAUACCAGCCUCAAAUCAGGCGAUAGAGUGGCUCUAGUCUACCCCAACAAUGACCCCAUCAAUUUUUUGUGCGCCUACUACGGGUGUAUCCAGGCUGGCAUCGUACCAGUACCCAUUGAGGUACCAAUUACAAGACGAGACGCCGGUUCGUUGCAAAUUGGAUUUUUAUUGGGCAGCUGUGCAGUACAGGUUGCUCUAACGUCAGAGCUUUGUUUGAAAGGCCUACCAAAAACGACAUCUGGCGAAGUGAUUCAAUUCAAAGGCUGGCCGAAGCUCACUUGGUUCGUAACUGAACAUCUGGCCAAAACCCCAAAAGACUGGACCCCGCAACCAAGACUUACUGACGAAACGCCAGCUUACAUAGAAUACAGCACCGACAGAGACGGCUCUGUAAUGGGAGUAACUAUAGCUAGAGCGGCCAUGGUGCAACAUUGCAGAAUGCUAACGAUGGCCUGUAACUAUACAGAAGGCGAAAAUAUGGUGUGCGUUUUGGAUUUCAAGCGAGAAGUCGGACUGUGGCAUUCAGUAUUAACAAGCGUCCUAAACGGUAUGCACGUGAUUUACAUCCCUUAUGCUUUAAUGAAAGCCAAUCCAGCCAGUUGGAUGCAAAUGAUUACAAAGUACCGUGCCUCUGUCGCUAUAGUCAAAUCCAGAGACCUUCAUUGGGGUUUGUUGGCGACCAAAGACCAUAAGGACAUCAAUUUGAGCUCGUUGCGGAUGCUUUUGGUAGCUGACGGUGCCAACCCCUGGUCUCUAAGUAGCUGUGAUCAAUUUUUGUCUGUGUUCCAAUCCAAGGGGCUUAGGGCUGACACUAUUUGCCCUUGCGCUAGCUCAAGCGAAUGUUUAACUGUUUCCGCCAGACGUCCCGGCAGAGGUGUUAGUGUGAAUGCAACGGGCCGAGGAGUACUUUCGAUGCAAGGACUCAGUUACGGAGUGGUGCGAGUGGAUCAGGAAAACAGUUUGACGUCGUUGACGUUGCAAGAUUGCGGGCAAGUGAUGCCCGGUUGUGUGAUAGUCGUUGUUAAAAUGGAGGGAGUGUCUUAUUUGUGUAAAACCGAUGAAGUGGGCGAGAUUUGUGUGAAUUCCGGCGCCACCGGUACUCAGUAUUGGGGACUUCCUGGACUGAGCAACACUACAUUUAAGGUGCAACCGUUGGGUACCGAUGGAAAACCAAUCUCAGACGCUGAAUACACCAGAAGCGGACUUUUAGGUUUUCUAGGUCCUGGCGGGUUGGUAUUUGUAUGCGGUUCACGAGAUGGACUUAUGACAGUUACAGGUCGAAAACACAAUGCUGACGAUAUAAUAGCGACGGUACUGGCUGUGGAACCAAUGAAAUUUAUUUAUAGAGGCCGAAUCGCUGUGUUUAGUAUACGAGUGUUGAGGGACGAAAGGAUUUGCGUCAUUGCCGAACAAAGGCCUGAUUGUAGUGAGGAAGAGUCAUUCCAGUGGAUGUCACGAGUGUUACAAGCAGUCGACUCGAUCCACCAAGUAGGAAUUUACUGUUUAGCUCUAGUACCACCCAAUUAUCUACCGAAAACACCUCUUGGAGGUAUCCACUUGUCUGAAACUAAGAGGCGAUUUUUGGAAGGUGGUUUGCAUCCUGCCAACGUUCUCAUGUGUCCUCAUACGUGCAUCACAAACUUACCAAAGCCUAGAGAAGUACAUUCAGACGUGGGUCCCGCGAGCGUAAUCGUGGGCAAUUUGGUGCAGGGCAACCGAUUGGCCAGCGCCCAAGGCAGAGAAGUCGGCGGAUUGGUCGAAGAGGACGGCGACUCAUCCAAAAAACAACAAAUGAUUGCCGAAAUUCUACGAUGGCGAGCCCAAAGCACUUCGGAUCAUGUUUUGUUCACUUUGCUGAACAGCAAAGGAGCGGCGGCCAAAGUCCUCUCCUGUUCAGAGUUGCACAAGAAGGCUGAACGUAUAGGAAAUUUGCUAGUGGAAAAAGGACGCAUCAAUACCGGCGAUCAUGUAGCUUUAAUAUUUCCGCCAGGUUUGGAUUUGAUUUGUGCGUUUUAUGGGUGCUUAUAUGUUGGAGCUGUUCCUGUGACAAUAAGGCCACCUCACCCUCAAAACCUCCAAACCACUUUGCCAACAGUAAGAAUGAUAGUGGACGUAUCAAAAUCAGUUUUGGUGUUGUCUAUUCAGGCUGUGAUUAAAUUGCUGCGUUCCAAAGAAGCCAGUAAUGUCGUAGACAUUAAAGCUUGGCCAGUCAUUUUGGACACUGACGAUAUGCCAAAGAAAAAAUUGCCAGUAGUUUAUAGGGCUCCGACAGCUGAAAUGUUGGCCUAUUUGGACUUUAGCGUCUCGACUACUGGCAUGUUGGCCGGCAUCAAAAUAUCCCACGCAGCAGUGACGAAUUUAUGUAAAAGCAUGAAACUCGCAUGCGAGUUGUACCCUAGUCGACACAUAGCUUUAUGUUUAGAUCCGUAUUGCGGCUUAGGAUUCGCUUUAUGGUGUUUAAGUAGUAUAUAUUCCGGUCACCAUUCCAUCCUGAUCCCCCCUUCAGAAGUAGAAGUGAAUCCUUCCUUGUGGCUCACCGCAGUGUCUCAAUAUAAAGUCAGAGACACUUUUUGUUCGUACGGAGUCAUGGAAUUGUGCACGAAAGGCUUAGGAUCUUCAGUGACUCAAUUAAAAUCACGAGGAGUCAAUUUGGGUUGCGUCAGGACGUGCGUCGUGGUGGGAGAAGAACGGCCUAGGAUCAAUUUGACUACCAGUUUUUCCAAGCUUUUCAGCGCCCUUGGUUUAAGUCCCAGGGCUGUAUCCACUUCGUUUGGUUGUAGAGUCAAUGUGGCUAUUUGUUUGCAAGGCGCUUCCAGUCCGGAACCGUCUACGGUUUAUGUGGACUUGAGGGCGUUGAGAAAUGACAGGGUUAGUUUGGUGGAACGAGGCAGUCCGCAUAGUUUGUGUUUGAUGGAGAGCGGGAAACUUUUGCCAGGAGUUAAAGUGAUUAUUGCCAAUCCGGAAUCGAAAGGUCAAUGUGGUGACUCGCACUUGGGUGAAAUUUGGGUACAAAGCGGCCACAACGCCAGCGGCUAUUUCACGAUUUACGGAGACGAAUCCGAGUACGGAGACCAUUUCAACGCCCGUCUAGUAACUGGAAAUACUGGAGAAGUGUACGCCAGAACCGGGUAUUUAGGAUUUUUACGACGCACUGAAGGAAUAGAAAGCUGUCCAGAAGAAACCACAUUGAAUCAAAGCGACAACGAAUCGGUUGGUUCCUCGCACCAUUUGGUACCGACUGACUCGCCCGAAUUACACGACGCAGUGUUUGUAGUUGGGGCCUUAGACGAAACCAUUAUGCUUAGAGGCAUGCGAUAUCACCCUAUUGACAUUGAAAAUUCCGUAUUAAGAUGCCAUAAGAAGAUUGCGGAAUGUGCUGUUUUUACAUGGACAAACCUGCUAGUGGUUGUAGUGGAACUUGACGGUAACGAAAGCGAGGCCCUAGAUUUGGUACCGCUAGUAACAAACACGGUACUGGAAGACCAUCAUCUUAUCGUUGGAGUGGUUGUUGUGGUGGAUCCAGGAGUGGUACCGAUAAACUCGAGAGGCGAAAAACAGCGAAUGCACUUGAGGGACGGGUUUUUGGCCGAUCAGCUCGAUCCGAUUUACGUGGCGUACAACAUGUAA